GCCUCCUCGGUGACUCCCGGCGGGCGGGGCCUGGCCGGGAACCUUAAAGAGCUCCCCAGGUCCCGCCCAGCACUGUGGCUCCCACCAUGGCCGAGACUGCCAAGCUCCAGCUCUUCGUCAAGGCGAGCGAGGACUGUGAGAGCGUGGGCCACUGCCCCUCCUGCCAGAGGCUCUUCAUGAUCCUGCUCCUCAAGGGCGUGCCCUUCACGCUCACCACGGUGGACACCCGCAGGUCCCUGGACGUGCUGAAGGACUUCGCGCCCGGCUCCCAGCUGCCCAUCCUGCUCUACGACGGCGACGCCAAGACGGACACGCUGCAGAUCGAGGAGUUUCUGGAGGAGACGCUGGGGCCCCCCGAGUUCCCCAGCCUGGCGCCCCGCUACCGGGCGUCCGCCACGGCGGGCAACGACGUCUUUCACAAGUUCUCUGCCUUCAUCAAGAACCCGGCGCCCCAGCAGGACGACGCCUUGUACCAGCAGCUGCUGCGCGCCCUCGCCAGACUGGACGGCUACCUGCGCGCGCCCCUGGAAGACGAGCUGGCCCGGGAGCCGCAGCUGCGUGAGUCUCGCCGCCGCUUCCUGGACGGGGACCAGCUCACGCUGGCGGACUGCGGCCUGCUGCCCAAGCUGCACAUCGUGGAUACGGUGUGCGCGCACUUCCGCGGCGCCCCCAUCCCCGCCCAGCUGCGUGGCGUCCGCCGCUACCUGGACAGCGCGAUGCAGGAGAAGGAGUUCAAGUACACGUGUCCGCACAGCGCCGAGAUCCUGGCGGCCUACCGGCCCGUCGUGCACGCCCGCUAGCGCCCCUGCCCCUGCGGCCACCUCCGCCCGCUCGCCCACAGCCCCAUGAAGCCACCUCUGCUCCAGUGAGCACAUGCACACCCCGGGGACCAGAGGGCUGAGGUCUGCCUCCCCUACGCCCCCACGGUGGGCUGCUCAGAUGACAGACAGCCCGGAGUGACAGGGGCAGAGACUGGUGGGCGGGGCACAGCCCAUCCCCCAUCCCCCGGGGAUGACGGGGACUGGAUUGGGCUCCCAAACCAGUCAGGCCAGGGCGGGGCGGCAGGAUGGCCGAGGAGGGUGGGGAGCAGAGCCCAGCCUGAGCACCUAAGGGCUCCCAGCCAGUGGGCGGGGUGGCCCGCAUUCCUCAGCCCCACCCCAGGCAGCAGGCCACCCCCCCAUCUCUCACAGGACCUGUGUGCAUGGUAUGGGGUACUCGAGGCCAUGCCCUGCUGGGUGGGGGAAGAGGGGUGUGCCCCAGGGGAUGACGGAGUUCCAGGCUUGGGGAGCCCCGGCCCAGCCCUGCAUGGCCCCCUCAGUCAGCUCCUGGGCUGGCCACCAGGGACGGAGAGCCUGGCAUCUGUUUACAGCCUGUGGCCCACACCCAGGUGGCAGCCGGGCGUGGGGGGGAUGCCGGACCCCUCUCUCCCAGCCAGCCCCCAAGAGCCAGAGCCUCGCCGUGACCAGCC